UAUCUUCAUGUCCCGCACAAUUCUCUUCUUCAGCUGCAGCACGGUGAUUCUUUUCAAAUCUUCUUCAUCCUCGCACAGAUCCAGGACCUUCUCGUCUCCUCGGGGGCCAUUCACCCUUAGCUGGACUUUCAUGUUGGCUCUUGAGUCUUUUCACUGUGAGGAAAUUGCAAGAAGUGGGUAACAGCAAUUGCAAAUGAUCCUAUUAUAAGAAUAAAAAAAACACUCCGCCUCACCUGUAACUCUACGUCACGUGACUUCAUGGAAUUUAAAGCAGGUCAGCCAGUCAUGAUUGUUUGAUAAAGCUUUCAACAUGGGAGGCAAACUCUCAGCUCCACGCAGAGAGAGAAUAAAUGAAAGGCAGUGUAUUCGUGACAUUUGGACCCAUGAAGAUGUCUCAGGAUUUAAUGAAAGAUUCGUAGGCUGUGAAGACGAGUUGAGCUCUGGAGAAAGCAGCUGGACCGAAACAAAAGAGAAAUGUUACGACCCACAAGACGCCACUUUUACAUUUGUGGAGGGAGAUGAUAAUUUAGAUUUUUUGUGUGAGGACUAUAAGUCUCUCAGAGCGAAGAUGUCCUGCGGCCAUGCUGUCACUCCGAUGUCUCUCACCAUCUGGUGUCGCUAUUUGCUGGACAGUGGUGAGUGCAAUUUUGUGUGUGGUCAAACUGACUGCGAUGUCGAGUGGCCCUUCGAGGAGGUGUGCAAAAUGGCCCUCCUGACUGAAGAAGAACUUGAAUACUUUGAGAAGACAGUGUUCAGUAACGCUGCCAAGGAUUACCUGGGCGUUAAAUCAUGUCCUGGUUGCAGUUCUCGUGUGGUAAGAAGUGACCUCCAUGACCUCUGUGUCCAAUGCCCAGUGUGCACAGCCAGGAGAAGGCGGGGUUAUCAAUUCUGCUGGCAGUGUUUGAAGAAAUGGAAAGGUCCGGCUCCCCGUUCAGACCACUGUGCAAAUAGAGACUGCCAGAACCCACUGGACAUACUGAGAAACUGCCCAGACAUCACCUUUGAGGACGUGGAGGGGGUCUCCGGCUGCCCCUCCAUCCGGGCCUGUCCCACCUGUGGUUUGCUGGUGGAGCACAACAGAACCCAAUGUAAAAGCGUGUUCUGUGCCCGCUGUAAAGUGGAAUUCUGUUUCGUCUGCCUGAAGCUCGCUGAAGAGUGUGUGGAUGAGGACGACAUAUCCUCCCUUUACAGACUUUGUCCCAGUAGCACCGAGGCAGAUCUCCGUACCCGUGUCAGAGGACAUAACUCCGUGAUCUCACUGAAAAUAAUAAUAAAUGUAACAGGUACAUCAUCAUAACUGUGUUUGCUCAGACAAACUCAUACCUGCUCUCAAUAACAGAAUAUCUUUCUAUUUUUACUAAAAAUAUCUCAACCCAUUAUUUCUUUCCACAAUUGAAAUAAUGA